GGUUUGCACAUUACUGAUGGUCAUUUUUGUCAUCCUCCAGGUUUCAGCUCCAAACAGCAACACUGGCUUCACGUUAUAGAGUUGAACAGGCAGAUCUUAGUUGCCGAGGACAGGUCUCUGGAGCUCCAGAUGUUCUUGAGCUACAUGCAGGCAGCUUUUGCUUAGCCAAUCCUUGCCUUGAAAUCUGCAUCUGUGCCAUUGGUCAGUGAUGCUGUUGCCCAAGGUGAAGGACUGGACUUUUUUCAGGGGACUUCCAUUCAGCAUGACUGGAUCCUAACUUGUGGAUUUUAUCUUGAGGAUCUUGGUCUUAUCUCUGUUAACGGUGAGGCCAAUCUGAGAUGAAAUAUUUAUCACUACAUCAGUUCUUUCUUGCAUCUGCUGUUUGUUGUGGGAGAGAAGUAGGCCUACAAGGUCGUCAGCAAAGUCCAGAUCCUCGAGCUGGGUCCAUGUGGCCAACUGGAUUCAGUUCCUUCACUCUCUAGUGGAUUCCUCCAUAAUCCAGUCAAUGGCAAAACGAAACAGGAAGGGUGACAACAGGCAUCUUUGUCUAACUCCUGUUUUCACCUGGAUGCUGUUGGUGAGCUGCCCUCCAUGGACUCCACAAAACAUUCCAUCAAAAGAUUUUCUAAUCAGGUUAACCAAGCAAAUAAACAGUUUUAAACAAGUAUUCAACCAGACACGUGUUGUUGCCUUACACGUGCCAGUAGCAGAGCGCAUGCGCCAUGAGGUGGUCCUCUGUUUUUAUUGCCAGAAAGAAGACACAAAAAUGUCAUUAAUGGGCAAAAUGGGAGACUGGCAGGAUCGCCACGACGGGACCAGCAAUGGCACAGCCCGGUUACCCCAACUGGGCAGCGUGGGCCAGUCUCCGUACACCAGCGCUCCUCCGCUCUCUCACACGCCCAAUUCAGAUUUCCAGCCGCCAUACUUUCCGCCACCCUACCAGCCCAUCUACCCGCAGUCUCAGGACCCUUACUCUCACGUUAAUGACCCGUACUCCAUCAACUCUCUGCACGCCCAGCCUCAGCCACAGCACCCGGGCUGGCCCGGCCAGCGGCAGAGUCAGGAGAGCAGCCUGCUGCACCAGCACCGCGGGUUACCGCAUCAGCUGUGCAGAGAGUACCGUAGAGAAGUGCUACUUCCCUCGGGUCACGGCAUUGAGACUGGACUCACGGAUUCGAUCCAUAUCCAUGGAAUACCUCACUCUUUAGAAGAUGUUCAGGUAAGGAGAAAAGCUUAAAUCUUAUAACAUGUCACCUCCAUAACCCAACUCCAUUAUUUGGUGCUAUUCUCUUUAGAAUCUCGGAG